CGGUGCACAUCUACAAGGCGCUGUACAGACUGUCAACUGUCUUACGGGACUAUACAGCCGAGCCAUAAUACUAUCCUCCCCGGUGAAGUCCAACCAAUGGAUGGUUAGUCGCAAAGCGAUGUGUGAUGCCAUCAUCAUGAAAGACUAUAUUUUUUGCAUCUGAAGGUCUGGGCCCCGUUCAGCAUGUUGACUGCCUUCUAAUCUCGGAAAACUAGACUGGUAUCAUCAUCACCAGGACAUAAUCAGGACGAUUCCUUCAUCUACUUGUCAAUUGUGCAAUUUCUUUCUCACACAUCCAAUUGACUGUCUUUCUUGCCAUGGCUCCUGAAAAGUCCACUCUUACUGUUACGGCCAGGCCGAUGGCCUGUUCUGAGAUUGACCUGAGGGGCACUCGACCGCGAUUCUCUUCUCUACAAGCCGCAUUAAAGAAGGUAGCAGACUUCAUUCAAGAUUGGACGCCAUUUCUUCUAGUUGCAUCUUAUUUCUUCUUCUCGACCUGCAUAUACAUGGUCUGCAGCACAAAACUCAUCGAGAUCUUCUGGUUUAUAUGUCUCACAACCAACUUCUACAUCGCGGGCAACUCUUUCGUUGAGGCCUUCAUGUGUAUGGGCCCUGCGAGAGAUGCGAGAAAAGCCCGAAUGAAAGUUGAAGCCAACGGAUGGGUGUUUCCCACUCCAGACGACCAACUGCUGAAAUUGGACUUGAUAAUCGUGGCAUAUCUCCCAAACGAGAAGGAUAUCAUUCUUGACCGCGUGCACUAUGCAUUGGAAAAGAUCAUCUACCCAAAAGACAAGAUCACGAUCAAUGUGGUGUACAACACCCCUACCCCCAUAGAGCCUUUGGAAACGGAGCUACGAGAGCUUUCAAGAGAGCAUUCAAACCUUCGUAUCGUGCAGGUGCCGAACUCCACGUCUAAGGCGCACAAUCUCAACUAUUUCCUCACCCUGGACACCGGGUCCGAUGUCAUUGCCAUAUUCGACUGUGAUCAUUACACCCAUCCUUACGGACCACGGUGGGCGAUUGAACGCUUCAUGUCGAAUCCGAAGAUUGAUAUCGUUCAGGGACGAUGCGUGGUUUUCAAUGCUGCUGUGUCUUUCAUGACAGGAAUGAUAUCAGUGGAAUUUGACAAGAUCUAUGCGGUUUCUCACCCUGGUCGCUCUGCUCUGUGGGGGUUUGCUCUCUUUACCGGUUCAAACGGAUAUUGGAGGUCGCCGUUCCUUCGAGAAGUGAGGAUGGACGACAAGAUGUUGACUGAAGACAUCGAUUCUAGCCUACGCUCGCUCGCUCGUGGUGCACAUAUCGAGCACGACUUGAACGUGGUUUCCUAUGAGCUUGCUCCUGUUACCUGGCUGGCGCUCUGGAAUCAGCGCCUUCGCUGGGCCCAGGGAUGGGCCGCGGCCAGUAUGCGACAUGUCAUCUUGACGUUCAACAAGCCCACUCAGGGCAGCCGGAACAAGAAGAUGCGCUUUGGGCUUUUAUCACUCCUGCUUAUUCGAGAGAUGAGCUACUACCUUGUGACGCAGUACUGCUGCCUUGUUCUCAGCGUCAUCAUCCUUCAUUUCCCGAAGAACCCGAUAGCAUUUGCACGCUUGAUAUAUUUCCAGUACCCGAUAUCCCAGUGGCUGUUUAUUGUCAGUGCUAUCUGUCUUGUGGCAACCCUGUGGAUCACAGAUCGAGCAAAAUCCGAGUUCAUCUCCUUGCCGAUGAUCAUCAUGUUCUCGAUCCUUUACCCCAUCUACCUGGUCGUAACCGCAGUCGUUGGUCUUUACGGCCACGCCCGACAGGUUAGCAAAUAUACUUCCUGGAACACGACUGCUCGUGGGUGAAGGCCUGCGCAGACACUUUAGCCGAAGAGACGGUAUCAUUACAUUCCAUACAGUUGAUAGAACUAUAUUCCAUACAAAUGAUAGAACUUUAUGACACGACCCCUCGUACGAUAUUGAACUGUUCAAUUUAGAGACUACUUUGCA